ACACAUCGUGAUAUCAUUUUUUAGUGAUUAAAUAUUGUAGUACGUCCAUAAAACAUUUUCAAGGGCGGCAAUUGUUUGCUAAAAUCAAUAGGAUUAAAUAAAAUUAUAUCAACAAAAUAUAUUCAAUUAUUCUAUUUCAUAAAACACACAGAAGAUGACCAGAGCUAGCAUCGAACUGGGCGAUGUAACUCCCCAUAAUAUCAAACAAUUGAAAAAACUAAAUACUGUGGUGUUUCCCGUAUCCUAUAAUGACAAGUUCUAUGUUGAUGUCUUAGAGGCUGGUGAAUUAGCUAAAUUGGCAUAUUACAAUGAUAUUGUGGUUGGUGCAGUAUGCUGUCGCAUCGAUACAUCGGAAAAUCAACGACGUCUGUACAUAAUGACUCUGGGCUGUUUAUCACCUUAUCGUAGGCUGGGCAUUGGUACCGUCAUGUUCCAACAUAUCUUAAACUACGUGGAAAAGGAUGGUAAUUUUGAUAGUAUUUUCUUGCAUGUCCAGGUGAAUAAUGACAGCGCCAUAGAAUUCUACAAAAAGUUUGGUUUCGAGAUUGUUGAAACCAAAGAACACUACUACAGGCGUAUCGAGCCUGCCGAUGCACAUGUGUUGCAAAAGACUCUACGCAAAACUGCUCCAGAUGCCAAUCAGACCAAUGUUCAUUGUAAUGGUCAAACAGAGAAAAGAGAGAAAAAGGCUUAAUUCGAAAUAAAAAAAAAAUUGUUACCACGCUGUUGGGGUCACUGAAUUACUUAAAUUGCGCGCGUUUGCUUGCGAACCAUGUCGCAUUAUUCACUCUUCCCAAGAAAACACAUACAAACAAACUACACACACCGAUCGGAAACCAAUUAUCAUAAUUUAUAUAUAUAUUAGAAAACACAAAAUGGAACAAUUUUCAAAUGGACUCGUGUUAAAACAAUAAAAUAAUAUGACACAUUUUAUGUUAAGAUAUAUUGAAAAAUCCAA